GGGAAGAAGCGACACAGAGAUGCGGAGCUGAGUUUUGCGAGGAGCAGAAACCUCCGGACGAGCUGUGGAGCUCCACAUGUCUCCUGCGUGACCGGACCCGAGCUUCUCAUCACACAGCCCAGCUCCUGUCUGACUGUGGUGCCAUUAUCGUGUGUUUCCCUCUGAACAUCCAGCCCUCAGUGAGCUGCUGACAGACCCUGGAGCUUCCUGAGGUGUUUGUUGAGCAUGAUGGGUCAACCCGUGGGAGCCGUCAUCCAGGACCUGUUGGUGCCCUCACUGCUGGGUGAGGAGGGACUGGAGUCCAGACGCCUGGGUGAGGCCUGCGGGUCCUUCACCGAUGAAGCCGUUUCCAUCCUGACCUCCACGAGCCAGCGAGCCCGAGGCCUCCUGGGUCGCACCUUUUUGCUCCAGCACAAAGAGAGCGCUGAAUCUAAGGCUGGCAGCAGCUGUGAUGAAGACGGCGGCAAUAACAUACGCCGCAAACGGGAGUUCAUCCCCAGCGAGAAGAAAGACGACGGCUAUUGGGACAAGAGAAGAAAAAACAACGAGGCCGCCAAGAGGUCCAGAGAGAGGCGGCGGGCCAAUGACAUGGUGCUGGAGAGGCGGGUCCUAGGUCUGCUGGAGGAGAACGCUCGCCUGAGGGCGGAGCUGCUGGCCCUCAAGUUUCGCUUUGGUCUGGUCAAGGAUCCGUCUGACGUGAGCAUCCUGCCACUCUCUGUUCCCCUCUGUGCACACCCACCCCCCGCUACAACACAUUACUACCAACCGCACACUGACGGACCCUCAUACCUCAACACACAGCAAAGUCCCAGCACCCACCAAAUCCCCUCCCAGGCUCAGCAGCAGGCGUCCAUCUAUGGGCCGAGGGCAAGCGGGCCUCUGUCAGGUCACAGUGUGUCCGAGGACUCCGGUGUUUCCACCUCAAGCAGCUCAAACAUGGGCAGCCCAGUGUUUUUCGAGGACACGUUGAGUGAACGUGUGGAGCCUUCACCGAGGCAGGUGGCCGAGGAGCAGCAGGGCUACGACUCCCACAUAUGUCCCGUGGAGGUGCAGUAUGUACACAAACAAGACUCCCAUGACGGGCUGAGGAGUCUCCCGCACAAGCUGCGCUUCAAAUGUUCCGGUGUCAACAGUGACGUGGGGGAGAUGUCUCCUUCCUCUGAUAGCAGACACAGCGAACCACCUGUGGUGACCGUGGGGCCGAACAUGCAGGUGAGGAGCCACCAGCCGGCAGCGUGGGACGGUCGGGCGGCGAGUCAGGCCCCGUGGGCGAGGGAGGAGGCCGGUGGUGGACUCGGGCAGCAGCAUCAGGCUCUGUCCUCUGCUUAUUAUAACUCCUCCUCUUUGCAGAACUCCAGGUACACUAAGCAUCCGACCGAGGACGGCAGUCUCAGGUCGCAGAUCAGCUGCUUGUCUCAGGAAGUGGCUCAGCUCAAACGGCUCUUCUCUCAGCAGCUGAUCUCCAAGGUCACUUAAAACCAGAACAGAGGAAGAUCGGAGGCAAAUCAAUGCUAACGGACAUGUUCCACCUCACAUAGUACAAACUGUCAGCUUUCUGCAACAACCCACCACUGCUUGAAGACACAACAUUGGACAUCAGAUAGCUGGUGCACACUGUUAGACACAGCAUUGCACCUGUGUGUCUGACAUGACAGAGCUUGCUUACACCCCCACCUGUUUCUCUGUUACAAUUCAGUUUAGGGAUCUGUUUGUUCAGCAACGAUCAGCACACCACAACCAGGAGAGACAACUUUUAAACUAAUGCUCAAGGACUGAAGAACUAAAGGGGAUUCAUGUGAGAGUCAUUGGAUCAGGCUGAAUUCCAGCGAUUUGACAGACAGCAGUAAAAAGAAUGUUCAAUAUUAAGCAUGCAAACCAAACCUCCGUCUCAUCAUGUUCCACACACCUGUGAACAUGUUCAAGUUUCUGUCAACACAAACAAACAGUUGCUCAACCUUUUCAAAGAGAUAGGUGGGAGUAUAACAUGAUACAUUAUAAUAUGUGAUACAUGUGACGCUUUGGAGUUUACUGUGGUUUUUGUGCUCUUCGCUAUAUCUGCUUCCCAUUUAUGACUGCAAGGUACAUACAGAAAUCACUGUCAUCAUCACUGUCCAGCAUUGUAACUGUAUUUGAAAAUAAAAGUAUUUUGUUCAAGA